CGUCACUCAUUCUUGUUCUUCUUCUUUCUCUACUUCUUACUUCUUCUUCAUCUCCGGCCUGCAUCCGAGCUGCAUCCUUAAUUCCCUCUCCUGCAUUCUCCCUCCCCUCCUUGCUCGUCUCCCCUCGCUAAUCUCGCCGCCCUCCUUUCCUUUCCCUUUCUCCGCCUCUCGUUCUCUUCCCCGUUGCUUUGCUGCCUUUUCCUUCGUGCCCAUCAAUAAACAUAUUUUGAUCUUCGCAUACCAACACCCGUUCGUUGCUAUUCUCUUUCCAUUUAUCCUGAGUCUACGACGUUUACGAUUUACCAUAAUCUACAAUCAAAUUGCAACUUCCUCUCCCUCCGGCCUCGGGCAUCGCCUGAGCCAUGUUCCGCAGAAAGAGGAGCUCCUCUCAGCAUCAGCAUCCCCUCUCUGCCUCCUCGUCGCAAUCCGCACAAUCCGCUGCAAGCCAUGCCUUCCUCAAAUCUCAACCCUCCUCCAGCAGCCUGUCCUCCGCCGCCGCUGCCGCCGCCCUCCGCAGUCUCACGCCGACCCCGACUUCUGUCGAAAAUGUCCAAACAAAGCGCAUGAUGCAGCGGAGGGCCUCGGUCUCGUCCCAGGCAAGCGGCGUACCCAGUCUGCGUCCAACGAGUCGGAAUGGCCUUCGUCGCGCCAAUAGUUCGGCUUCCAUGUCCACCCGUACAUUCCGCGACCAGUCACCGCGACGCCCGGCCUCCAGUUCCGGUCCAGUCGAGGUCGCGCCGCCACUUCCUUCCAUCCCUCAAGUAUACUCCGCACGCAAUAGUAAUGCCCAGCGUUCGGCCAGUGUCGGGCCGUCGCAGCGACCCAGCCCUCGUGGGAAGACACCGGCAGGACGAGGCAUGAGCGUUGAUCGCGGUUUGGCUACCCAGCCCGCUAUGCGCGCGCCAGGGUCGACCCCGUCCCCCGAGCUUCGACGACCAACAAGUCGGAAUUCCGUCAAUUUCUCCUAUCCGAUACACUCUAGGCCAAAUUCGCCGGAUGGGUCCAUCAAUGGAAUGGAUAGGCGCGAUGCUUCCGCGAGCAUCUCACUUGCAGGUCAGCUAUCCUCGCCCGAAUCUCCCAAAGUCAAGACUGCCAGUCCUCGAUCGGUCCGAGCGACGAAGAGCAUGGGCAUGUCCCCGGGCAGCCCUGGUCGUGGUGCACAGUCCUCCGGCACUGCAGUAGCCGCUGCGCAGGCUGCGGUGGUGCCCCGGGUACAAGAUGUCACUCACACCCAACCCCCGGUUUCUGCGGCCCCUCGCAUCGCUGCCCCUCGCGAGCAGACAGUCCCCGACCAGGCCCCUAGUCAGCCUGCUGCUCCCCCAGAACACAAGCAGCCAGCCCGCCCGCAUCUAGUAAAACGACCUUCCACAGUACCUGAGGAUGCCCAGGGCGAGGAACGUGCCGAGUCAAAUGUUCCUAAACAGCGGCCUGUUCCACCCCGAGGCGGCAGUGUGACGCCCGAUACGCAACCGACGGUCGCAUUCCCACCCACACCCGAUCGAAGCAAGGAUCAAUUACUUAGCCCGCCCAUAAGUCCCAAGCUGCCCACACAAACCACUGAGACUGGCCAGGAUAGUCAGCCGUCAGACAUUCGCCAGUCAGGCAGUCCGGGCAGAUCUGCGCACUUUUCCCGUCACUUGCUGGUGGCAGCCUUCGCCGGCGAGCAGCUGCACCAACCUCCCCCUCGGUCCCUGUCACCUGCCAAGUCAGCCAUGAAGACUCCGCGCAAGAUCUCACUUUCUCCGGAGGGGCGGACUGAAUCCGUUCUCCGGCCGGGACCACCGCUGAGCGAGCUAUCUGAUGGGACCUCGGCAGCCUCCGACGAAGGGUCCAAACCAGGAAUCCGGAGGAAGCCAAUUAAGGUCAGUUUCGAUGACGAGGCGGAGGUGGUAGGGGUUGCUGCAAGUCCACCAACAUCGCCGGAAGAAACGUCUCCUGAGCCGCUGCCCGAGAAGCCCAAACCAAAGACUCAUUGGUUUGGCGGGAAGAAGAAACCAACGCCGCUGAAUACCGAGUUUGACGAAGUGCUGAAGCCGCGGCGAGCUCUCCCGUCUUUCGGCAGUAUACGGGCCGGUCGGGAUGGUGAGACGCAAGAGAAAUCCGUGCCUGAGUUGAGCGACAACGAGUCAACAACGUCGUCUGACUCGCCUGCGGAAGCACUGAAGUGGUCUUUCACCAAUGACCACGCUAUUGGGGGCCUUCUGACCGAAAAUCAAUCGAAGGAAGCAGAGCCCCGCGUGGCGCCGCUCAUGCUUGCGAAUGCAGCCGAAAGCGAAUCUGAGGCGGAGAAAUCGCCACAGGAGAGUCAUUUUGCUAGUCAAACGAAUCAGUCAGAAAUUCCUACGGGGACGGCUGAUGUUUCUUCUCAUGCUGGGCAGGAGCGUACCGCAGAGACGACUUUGGCAGUACCCAAUAUUAUGGUCCAGCCGGCGUCUCCCAUGUUUGAGAAGGAGCGUCGGAGUCUCGAGUGGUAUGAGGUUCCUGGGGGGUUCCCUCGCUCGUCGUUGGAGUUCGACUCCAAAGCCCAUGGUAAAAUGAAGGCGAAGGAGGAUUCCACGGACGCUACCAACAAUGCUACCAUAGGCCCUACCGAUGACGAAAGCGGUGACGAGUCGGGCGACAGUAUCUAUAGUGAUGCUGAGGAAGGAACCGAAGGCAAUGGCUUCGGGUCGAUCAAUGCCAUCGUGGACGACGAAACCGCUGCUACUUCGGCUCCCAAGAGGACAACCAAGAUACCUGCAGAGACUGGUGGCACCACAGGGCGGUCUCACUCAACGUCUACCGACUGGCCAGAUAUACCUCAAACAUGUCAAAUUGCACGCACGGUGACUGAGUUCCCGGAUAAGGUUAUGGAGCCGAUCCCAGAAUCCCCCGGAUCUUCCCACGAGCCUCUUCCGUUUUCGUCACCUUAUCCCCCAUUCCCGAUCGAGCCGAAGAACAGACGAAGCUCUUCUCAAGCCGACAUUUCACGUUCCUCUUCGGUCGCUGUUCGUCCAGCCAGGCAUUCCAUGCUGGUAGAAAGUAGCGACGCAAUGCCUGGUAACAAGGCACCGCGUGCUGUGAAUGGGUCAGCUGUAAAUGGGCAGUUGGCAUCCCAGCCCAAGCCACCUAGUGUGAGGCAGCGGCCUACUCCAGACAGUACUCGGACACGGCCGGUUUCAUGGAGCCCAGCUCUUGCUGACUCCCAAGACCCGAGCCGUACGCCGCACAUUAACGGCAAGACUUCGCCGGCGUCACCAAGACCGCUAUCCAGCGGUAGUGAUUCGUCCAGCAGCUUCAAGCGGGCUAGCCGACCUGCGCGCGCAGACUCCAACUACACCAUGAGACGGACCAUGCGAAGUACUCCGGGCCGCUUGGCCUCUAACAGAGCAACGUCCCCGUCAGUGGAUACCCGCCCGGUGUCAUCCGAAUCUGGGUUUGGCACCAUGCGCACAACCUUACGGGCAAAUGCUCCCAAACGUGAGAAGCCCUCGUUCUUCUCCAACAACAAGGCUCAAAAGUCCAAACUCACAAAGGUGCCGGGCGGUGGUUUUGCUUCCCGGUUCCCUGACUCGGACUCUGACGAUGAGGGGUACGAGGCUUGGAGGUCACGUCAUCGGUACGAAGAAUCCAGCGAUGAUGAACAGCGGAGCCCGAAUGCCAUGCGACCCGUCCGGGGCAUUCCUCGUCGGCAGGGAACGCACGACGGCGAUUCGACAGAACUGGAAGACAGCUCAGAUGAGGACCAUCGUGCACCCCCGCUAGCCAAACCGCAGUCCCCAGCGAAUCCGAGCACAUCUCGGGACCCUGCACUAGCUGCUGUAGCUAAAAAUCGCGGAAUGACGGAAGAGGAGCUUGACGAAUUCCUGCGCCAGCCUAAUCGUGGUCGGAAGCCUGGACUUCUCAAGCGUUUCAGCAUUCGAAAAUCGAAGUCCCCUCUGGAUAGAGGCCUAGUCAAGCCUGGGCUAGACAGUCCGGUACGCAACGGAGGGCCUGCAGAGCGGCCCCGAGUCGAUCAAGAGCAAGCACGAGGAGAAUCUCCCUUUCCUGGGGCCGAGUCGAAUAUUGUGACCACCAUCACGGCGACUAAUCCGCCCCCACCCCCGUCCAAGCUGCUUCGCAGGCCUUCGCAGCGGUCCUCCCGCAGCGACAACUGGCCAUUGCGCUCCGAUCGGAAGGAGAGUCGGUCAGGCUCACCCCUUCCUGCGAAUGGCCCUGCAGAGCGACUAGCCACGGUCGAUGAAACUCCUCGGAACGGCAGUACGGUUGUUUCACCUUCUCAAGGAUCUGUCAAAGAGAACGUGAAUCCUUCGACUGGCGUGACUGCGGACAAGAGUGAGGGACGGCCGACCAACGUGGCGGACGUACCGAUCUCAUCUUCAGGACGCAAAAAACGAUUUCCCCGACUCCGGAAGGCGUUUGGCCUGCGCGAUUGAAGUGAAGCGAACCUUCUCUUCUCAUAUAUAUACAUACGAUCUAAUACCUGGUCUUGCUAUCUUCAUCCUGUCAUUUCCUUCUCUUCCAUGUCUGUGUUGAAAAUAUGCGUUGUAAUAGCUUGUUGAUAUGUUACGAUCUGACCUAAUUCAUAAUCAUGGCGACUGCCAGCCAUCGCAGAUGAUGUCUGGGGAUGGGCAGCGACAACGGCGCAAUAGGAAGCAAGAAACGUCGGGGCAGAUGGGUUGAUAAGGCCUGACGAGAAUACGGACUACUCGGCGCUCAGAGAUGGGGUAUUGUUUGAACAUUUGGGAUUUCAUUUUGGACUUGAUUGAUACCCUCGUUUAGGUUGCCAUUCCGGCCGAGCGGCCGAGAAGAGGUGACAGGCCAUGGCCGACAACUUACAUAAUCAAUAUUUAACUGAGAUCUACACUACG